AACACUGUUAAACCCUUCGUGAUCAGCGCAAUCGACACAUUCCUCCAAUGGCGAGAUAAUGGCGAGAAUGGGGCCGCUGUUCAAGGCAAAGAGAAAAGCCAGUGCAUUGGUGGUUCGGAGCUGAAGCUAGCGGGAGAAGAGAGCCGGACUAGCCGCAGACAUCGUCCAGGUGGCGGCUCAAGGAGACUGCUGUGAUGCUACGUAUGCAACUGGAAGAAAGGGGCUUUUUUACUAUGAGGGAGUGUGUGUGAGCCCGGUUUUCUGGAGACACGGGAGCCCUGCCGAUCCGCUUCUCGUCCUUUUAUGUCUUUUUUAAAAUUGUAUUUCUUGGUUUACUUUUAUAGACUCGCUGUUUUUAGGAUAGAGCGAAGAUACGCAGUGAGCUGGCGAAGUUUUGGGGAAUGGCAGGUCGAAGCCGAAGAGCAUGGUUUAGUGUUCUGCUGGGGCUGGUGGUCGGGUUCACUCUGGCUUCCAGACUCAUCUUACCCAAGGCGACCGAGCUCAAGAAAGCUGGGCAGAAACGGAAGGCAAACCCUGCUGGCUGCGGCUUGAAUGGUGCUCCGAGGAAGGAAUACAGCGCUGUGCUAUGGCCACCGCAAGAUAACGGUUCACCGGCGACAGAGAAACCUGGCUCCAGGACCAAUAAUUUCCUGUUCGUCGGUGUCAUGACCGCCCAGAAGUACCUGAACAGCCGGGCCGUGGCGGCGCACAGGACAUGGGCACAGACUAUUCCAGGUCACGUGGAGUUCUUCUCCAGCGAGGGCUCUGACACCUCCAUACCCAUUCCAAUAGUGGCUCUGAGGAACGUGGAUGACUCGUACCCACCGCAGAAAAAGUCCUUCAUGAUGCUCAAGUACAUGCAUGACCAUUACCUGGAUAAGUACGAGUGGUUCAUGAGGGCCGAUGAUGAUGUCUACAUCAAGAGUGAGAAGCUAGAGGGCUUCCUGCGAAGCCUCAACAGUAGCGAGGCCAUCUUCCUGGGCCAAACAGGAAUGGGAGCCCGGGACGAGUUGGGGAAAUUGGCGCUGGAACCUGGGGAGAAUUUCUGCAUGGGGGGGCCAGGGGUCAUCAUGAGCCGAGAGGUCCUCAAGAGGAUGGUGCCCCACAUCCGAGAGUGUCUACAGGAGAUGUAUACCACCCACGAGGACGUGGAGGUGGGCCGCUGUGUCAGGAGGUUUGCCGGGGUCCAAUGUGUCUGGUCUUAUGAGAUGCAGCAGCUCUUCUAUGAGAACUAUGAACCAAAUAAGAAGGGCUACAUAAGAGAUCUUCACAACAGCAAGAUCCAUCGAGCCAUCACUCUGCAUCCCAACAAGAACCCUCCGUACCAGUAUCGCCUCCACAGCUACAUGCUCAGCCGGAAGAUUGCAGACCUGCGCCACCGAACCAUUCAGCUCCACCGGGAAAUUGUUCAGAUGGGGCGCUACGGAGCCAGCGAGCCCAGCCGAGAUGACCUCCAGCUCGGUAUGCCACCUUCCUUUAUGCGCUUCCACCCACGGCAGAGAGAGGAGGUCCUGGAGUGGGAGUUCCUGACAGGGAAGUACCUGUUCUCAUCGUCUGAUGGUCAGCCCCCCCGCCGUGGAAUGGAUUCCUCGCAGAGACAAGCCCUGGACGACAUCAUCAUGCAAGUUAUGGAGAUGAUCAAUGCCAAUGCCAAAACACGGGGGCGGGUCAUUGACUUCAAAGAAAUCCAGUAUGGCUACCGGAGAGUUAACCCCUUAUAUGGGGCAGAGUAUGUGCUGGAUCUGCUACUGCUGUACAAGAAGCACAAAGGAAAGACCAUGACGGUUCCAGUGAGGAGACAUGCCUACCUGCAGCAGACCUUCAGUCAGAUCCAGUUCAAAGAGGAGGGGGAGAUGGAUGCCAGAGCUCUGGCCAGCCACAUCAAUAAGGAUUCAGACUCCCUCUCGUUUCUGUCCAACUCCCUCAAGAUGCUUGUGCCCUUCAAACUGGCCAACUCUGCCCAGGACCAGAGGGAACCAAAAGAGAAGAAAGUCAACAUCUUGGUACCUUUGUCGGGGCGCUAUGACAUCUUUGUGCGAUUCAUGGCCAACUUUGAAAGAGUUUGUCUGAUCCCCAACCAGAAUGUCAAGCUACUGAUCCUGCUCUUCAGCACAGACAACAACACAGAACGGGUUAAGCAGGUGGAGCUGAUGAGGGAGUACCACAUAAAGUAUCCCCAUGCUGAGAUGGAGAUAAAGCCUGUCACUGGCUCCUUCUCCAGGGCUCUAGCUUUGGAAGUGGGUUCCUUGCACUUCUCUAAUGAUUCUCUGCUCUUCUACUGUGACGUGGAUCUGCUCUUCACCAGCGACUUCCUCAAGCGAUGUCGGACCAAUACAGCCCUGGGGGAGCAAACCUACUUCCCCAUCAUCUUCAGCCAGUAUGACCCAAAGGUGGUGUAUGCUGGGAAGGUCCCUAGCAACAACCACUAUGUCUUCACCUCCAAGACAGGUCUGUGGAGGAACUACGGCUUUGGGAUCGUCUGUGUCUACAAGGGGGACCUGGUCCGAGCUGGAGGCUUUGAUACCUCUAUACAGGGGUGGGGAUUGGAGGACGUAGACCUUUUUAAUAAAUUUGUUCAGUCAGGGAUUAAGUUGUUCAGAAGCACAGACACAGGGAUAGUCCAUGUUCACCACCCUGUCAUAUGUGACCCCAACCUGGAGGCAAAGCAAUAUAAGAUGUGCCUGGGCUCCAAAGCCUCGUCGCAUGGCUCCACCCAGCAGCUGGCCGAGCUCUGGCUGGAGAAGAACGACCAUGGCUUCAGGAGACUGGCCAGCAAUAACGGCUCGGUUAGGACAUCGUGAGAAAAGCCAGACUGCACACUGUCAUAAACUGAACACUGAACCCAGUCUCUUCGUGGUGUUUUCACUACCUAAUUUAUUUUUUAGUGAUAAAAAAAGACUUCACAUGGAUAUAUUUUGAAAAUAUGUCUUCUUUUUUUUUAAAGAAAAUAUUCAGAAAUGCCAUGUUGAACGAUUCAAAGAGACAGUCUGGGUUCUACUAUGGAAGUACAUGUUUUGAUUAUUGAUCGGAGGACUAUUGACCAAUAUUGUUUAGAGAGCCUGAUUCCAGCAGGGACCAGAGUCCCUCUAGUCUGUUCAUGUCAUCUGUUGGGACAGUGGGAGAAUUUCAGGCAGGUACCUAAUGGAGUUUAUUUACUAUCUUUAUUCAAGAGCAGGAUUUUCAGUUUGAGAGCAGGAUUCCUCUUCUCUUGCACUCAAGAUGUCACUGCUUACACUCAGAGCUUCUCUCCAUGAGCUUAAAACUGUGUGUUUGCACUCAAAACUUGCUGCUUACAAACAUUUAUUUUAUCAGAGCUCUUCCCCUUGGAUUCAAACUGUUUGCUCUCGAAACUUGUGUCUCAGACCGCAGCGUUGGCACUUAGAACUUGAGCUUGACAACAUUCUCAAAAUUCACAGCCGCUUGAUUUUACAGAGCGUCCCGUGCUGCGGUCACUCACGCUUUCUCCUGGUUCAGGAGUUGGUUUUUUUCAUUUACUCCUUUGUGAUAGAAUAACAGUCGAUACAAACAUCCCUUAUUUGUGCAACAACACGUGUAUAUAGCAUCCAUUCAUUCAUUCUCCUCUGCACUCGGGUCUGGAGCUGAACCCAGCUGACAUUGGGCGAGAGGCGGGGUACACCCUGGACAGGUCACCAGACUAUCGCAGGGCUGACACAUGGAGACAGACAAUCACGCUCUCAUUCACACCUACGGACAAUUAAGAGUCACCAAUUAAACCUAAGUGCAUGUUUUUGGACUGUGGGAGGAAGAACCCACUCUGACAUGCAAACUCCACACAGAAGAGUAUAUAGCAGCAGUAUGUAUAUUACAUAGCUGCCUCCCGUCAGCACACCAGACCCCAAAACAACUUCACCCUUCAGACCGUUGCUAUGUAAAACAGCACGUUGCUAAGGAGGCCUGCCUCAAUCCACAGACAUACAUCUACAGUCCAAUUAUUAUUUUCUUUUGUAAUUAGUCAUGUGAUAAGCAGGAUAAAGUAUAGCGAGCUGGUCAUAAGAGAAAUAAACACCUUCAGGGGUAUGCGGGUGGUGGUCCGACCCCUCCUGUUAGCAGCAAGUUUUGAGUGCAAAAACACAGUUUUGAGCUCAAAGAAGAUCUGAGUGUAAGCAGAGAAAUUUUGAGUGCAAGAGAAGAGGUUUGAGAGAGAGCAGUAGAACAAUCUGAAAGCAAAAUACAGCAAAGUAAUCCUGCUCUUCAACUGAAAACCCUGCUCAUGAAUAAAGAUAGUAAAUGAACCCCAUAGUGCCUCAGUGAAGCACACUGUCAUGGUGUGAGUCCUGUGUGCAGAAAACAGAUGUGUCCAUGUGCUCUCAGACCAGCAGUGCUCCAAACUCUUGAUUGUGAAUGUUUACAAAAGACUGAUCAUCUGUCAACAUUUCAUCAAUGAAAGAACUCAAUCACAGUGAUCUCAGUGAUUACUGGGGGCCAUUUCUUUACACCUUUUUAUUUACAGGGCUUUUCUUUUCUAUUUGCUUUUAUGGUUUUGGUAAUAUGACACAACACUGUUACUGUUUCUCCAGGAUUUUUAUUUUUGUAUUUUUCUUUAUUAUUGAUUUCUGUGAACCCAAUUGCUGGAUUUUAUAUCUGCAUUUCAUCUUUUGCUGUCUAAUUUAUUGAAUGUGCAAGCUCCAUUUUCUAUUCUGACUGUUGAAUUAUGUUUAUUGGAAAAGAUUGUAUAACCACGUUGUUGGAUGGUGGGUUUUUUUCAUGUUCCCUUCCUUAAAGUCAUUAUCACCAAA